GCCGCACAGGCCAAGCACGUCGGGUGCGGCCACAACGUCGUCGACGUCGCCAAACCAAUCGAAGCAGCUCUGGUGAAGCCAUUCCCGCAUCGACGUUAACAAGCAAUUGCCGUCAUUAAAAUGCGUGUCACACGAGUCCUCCGCGCCGUCCCCAAGAACCCCACGGGGUUCAACAUCAGCGAGUUCCGUAGAGCUGCCCGUGUGCCCGAGCACGAUCCUUGGAUCAAGAACGAGUCCUGGCGUACCACUGGCCAGUUCUCCCGCUCCGAGCGCUUCAAAGGCGCUCUUCCUGGCUUUGGCACCGCCUCCGUUGCCUUUGCUAUUUACUGCGUUUACGAGCAUCUCUUUCUCAAGGAUAAGCACCACCACGAUGGUACUGCGUCCGCCGUCACUGCGCACUGAGAUAUAGGUGGGGAUGGACAUUGAGAUGGAGAAGAGUGUCUGAGUCGGACUGAGUGGAUCCGGGUGGAUAUUCAGAGGGGGACAAACCGUUGAUAUGGGGUCGACAAAGAAGAAACUACAAACAGGACGCCUACAAACGCCAGGCAUAGCGGAUAGCUGGCAGCCGAGCUCUGGUUGAAAGAGCUUCACCAGGGAAGUCUAUCUCGGAUGGCGGGAAAGAUACAGAAGAGCAAUAUGACAGUACUGCACUUGACCCCGGAGCGGUUGUUGAGGGAGGGCGGUGCCUAUUGUAGACUGGUCUCCGUGAUGAGCAUACAUACAUAUUUCCCAAAGUGAUCGAGAUGUUCAGCUUCGUGUGAUUCUUGGACAUGUUUAUAUCUCAAUCAGCUUCUCAUCAUGUGUUUCGACAGACAGGCAUGUUGGGCAAUGGCAUAUAUACACACACGCACGCGCCGGCCGGGGUUUCGUAUGGACUUAAUCUUGACUUAUAGACACA